AGAAUACUCUCAUCACUCUUCCCUUACACCUCGAGCCCCUACUAUCUCUUCUUAACUUACCUUUUGAUUUUUUUUCCUCUCUCUCUAUCUGAAAUCUCCUACAGCAUUUUUUACUCUUAGAAAAAAGAAAAGAAAGGGAAAGAAAACAUCCUCUUUCACUGACACAUUUUAUUUUUUUUAAUUUUCUCUCUCUCUUUCUUGUUCAUUUGUUUGAGAAAUUUUCUUUUGUAGAGGAAAUGGCUGUGGCUAUGGCUCUGCUGGUUAAGGCCAAGUGGGUAUUCCCAAUGCUUGCUUUUUUACCUAAAAACCUCUUUUUAUGUUUCAAUGGAUUGUUUUGAAACCAUCCUUAAAAGGGACAUUUUUCGACUUCUUGUUUCUCUCUACAGUAGAAUCUCUGUUCCAAAAUAAACCAAAAAGGAACUUACUUUAACCCCUUUUCACCCCCCCCACAUCCCUCCAAGAAACCACCUUUUUUUCAAGAAUCUCCUAAUUUUUGGUAUCUUUUUUUUGCAAAGCUGUAAAACUGAGUGGUGGGGAGAAAUGGGGUGUGUUGCAUCCAAGUUAGAAGAAGAAGAAGAGGUAGUAUCCAUAUGUAAAGAGAGAAAACAGUACCUGAAAUUGGCUGUAGAGAGGAGGUACACACUGGCUGAUGCACAUUACAAGUACUGUCAAGCAUUGUAUGGGGUCUCAGCAGCUUUAAAACUCUUUGUUGCUCGACAUUCGACACUUACUUCUCCAUAUCUCAUCACAUUCCCACCACCUUGCUGCCCUUCUUCUCCAAAAAAGGAGAAUGUGGUUUCAAACCCCUUGUUUCUUCAGCAAACACCUUCUGAGCCAACCCAAGAAACCAUUUGCUGUGGGCCAUGCAACAAAUCUACAACAACUCCAUCAGAUUCUUCUGAGGAAGAGAGAGAAGAGAAAGUCGUGAAACGGGACCACCACCACCAGCAGUCACAAGGUUAUGGCUAUUUUUACAUGGAAAUGCCUCAGAUGAUGCAUUCACCACCAACAGAUUUUGGUUGGGAUUUUUUCAAUCCUUUUAAUAGUGUAAGGCCAGAGAUGAUUAGUGGGUAUCAUAGGAUUUCUGAGGAGGAUUUAAGGGCAGUGAGGGAGAUAGAAGGGAUUCCAGAUUUAGAAGAAGAGGAAGAUGAGGAAGAAGGGGAUGGAAUGAAGGAAGAGAAUAAGGUAGUAGCCACUAAAGAAAAAGAAAAUAUGGAGCAAAGAGAAAAUGGGACUGAAGUUGUACAAGCAGCAGUGCAUACUGCUAAUGUAAACCAAGAGGACCAGAAAAAAGAUUUGACAGUUGUGGAUAAUCCAUUACAGGGGAGGGAGUUACUUGAAGCAUUGACUGACAUUGAAGACCAUUUUGUCAAGGCAUAUGAUGCUGGCAAGGAAGUAUCAAGGAUGUUAGAGGCAAAUUGGGUACAUUCACAGCCUAAUUUGGGGGAACCCAAAGACAACUCAACGAAAAUCAUCCCAGCUAUUACUUGGAAGUCUCCUGCAUCUCGUUCACCAUCGUGCAAGAGUCUUGUGGCUUCUAGUUCCAAAAGUUCUUCCACAUGGACAGAAUUCAAGAAUGAUCUAUUUGAUGACUAUGUUGGAAUGGGUUCUGGGAGUCAUUUGCUGACGCUAGGAAGGCUAUAUGCUUGGGAGAAGAAGCUGUAUGAUGAAGUUAAGGCUGGAGAUAGCACUUGGAAAUUAUAUGAGAAGAAAUGCAACCAACUAAAAAAUCAUGAUGCCAGAGGAGAUGAAGGACGGACCACAGACAAAACUAGAGCAGCAGUUAAAGAACUAUAUAGCAGGAUCCUAGUUACCAUUCGAAGUGCCGAGACCAUAUCAAAAAGAAUUGACGAACUACGAGAUGAAGAACUGCAGCCUCAAAUCAUUGAACUGCUUCAGGGUAUGAUGAGAACUUGGAAGAUCAUGCUGGAAUCCCAUGAGAUCCAGAACAAGAUUAUUUUCGACGUGAAAAGUUUCACCUGUCCCACAUAUGGAAAGUUCUGCAAUGACUCUCAUCGGCUUGCCACACUCCAGCUUGACGUGGAGCUUCAAAAUUGGCGUGCUCGCUUCCAAGAUUACAUUGCUGCCCAGAAGGCUUAUUUGGAGGCACUCCAUGGAUGGCUGUCCAAGUUCACAGUCCCUGAAGUUGAAUUCUACUCCAAAAGUAGUAGUUCAACUCCAGCUUGUCGAGCUAAUGGUCCUCCACUUCUCAUGAUUUGUCACGAUUGGUUGUCUGCCAUGAACAAGUUACCAGAUAGAGCAGUUUCUGUUGCCCUAAAAGGAUGCGGGAAGGACGUAAGAGCUUUGUGGGUUCAGCAGGGAGAGGAACAGCAACAAAAGCGAAAAGUUGACAGCAUGUCCAAAGAAUUAGAUAGGAAAACACUGGCAUUCCAAAAGGUAGAGAACAAGCUGUAUGAGUUCAAGCUCACGGACCGAAGCUCAGAACUCGAAAUUGAUCAUAGACCUGAGUAUCUGAAGGAGAGGAAAGACUUGCUGGACAACUUCAGGAAAAGGGUUGAUCUAGAGAAGGAAGAACACCAAAAAUGCAUGCAAGAAACUCAGAGGAUCACUCUGAACGGCUUUCAGACUGGGUUUUGCAGAGUUUUUGAGUCUAUAACAGAAUUUUCCAGUGCAGCACUAAAAAUGUACAAUGAGCUACUAAGCAUCGGUGAUAAAACCGAGAAUGUCGGUAACCCGCCAUCCAUAGAGAGCUCCCAAGCUGGUGAAGAUGUCAAAAGAUGACUUUAGUUGGUUUAGAUUUCCUUAUUUAAUGCAUAGGUUGAAUUGUUAGUUUGUAUAUUAUGGUGGCAUCAAAGCAGCUCGCUGAGAUGUAGUCACUUGUUUUCAUGAUUGAGUUUCUUGAAGGUCAAAGGACAGAUUUCGUUGGACA